GUAUUCUUGUGUUGUGUGGUACAAGGUAUAUAGGUAGCACAAGAUAACUUGUUUAUUUUAUUGAUUUUAAAACAAUUGGACAAAAUGCGCGACACAGAACCAAUGGCUGUUGCACCGCGACAAAACUGGAUUGUGUGCCGGCUGUGCCUGACGCAGCCCAAGGAGCCCAUGUCCAGCAUUUUCAGCGAUGAUGCGACGAAGGAUGUGACAAACAUGAUCAAGAAAUGUGGCGGUGUGCCAAUCAAGAAGUUCGAUCACUUUCCGGAUAAAAUAUGCACCAGAUGCCUCAAGGUGCUGCACAUCUCGUACAGAUUUCGCCAGACCUGCCAGACGGCGUACAAGCACCUCCAAAAGUUUGUGGGCCCCAUCGAGGUGGAGCUAAAGACGGACGACGAUUCGCAAAAUGCAGCGCUAGAAGCUCCAGUGGCCGAAGAGGAGGAUGAGGAGGUGGUCGAGGGCCACUAUGAGCAAAUCGAAGAAAAUAUGCCAACCACCAAUGAGCUGGUCGAGGCGCAAGCCUUUGCCGACGACAUGGAGGAGGGCAUUUUGGUGGAGCUCGAGAAGGAGGAGAGCGUGCACGUGAAGAGCGAGCAGGUCGAGGAGGACGGCAUUAUUGAGGAGCUAUACGAUGUCUACGAUUCCUACGACGGCGAGGGCGACAUUGUCACAGAAGGCAUCUACGAACAGGAACAGGAGCAGGAGAUGGUCGAGCAUUCGCUGUCUGGCCUCUCGGCGGACAUUGAGUAUCUGGAGCAUGUCGAGCAGGAGCAGGAACAAGAACAGGAUCAGGAUCAACUGACGGAGAGCGCCAACGAAGACGAGGUGGAAGAUACAAACUCAGCCGAAGAGGAAUUCCUGCCCAGUAAACCACUGCGUGGGCUAGCACCCAAACGACGUGUCAACACCCGCGCCAAGGCAGCCACAGCAACGAUCACUUCACCAGCCACCUCCAGGGUGAGUGUUCGUGGCAAUCCGUUGAAGAUAAAACGUGGCAACAACGACACAGUCACCAUGGGCGAGGCGACCAUCACAAUUGGCGAUGCUCUGGUGCGCAAACAUGGCAUCAAAACGAAGGGUGGCCACAAAAUCCUCAUCGGCGACAAGAAGGAGUUCAAGUACAUCUGCGACAUUUGCGGCAAUAUGUAUCCCUCGCAGAGUCGCCUCACCGAGCACAUUAAAGUCCAUUCGGGUGUGAAGCCACACGAGUGCGAAAUCUGCGGUCAUUGCUUUGCCCAGGCCCAACAGCUGGCGCGUCACAUGAAUACGCAUACAGGGAAUCGGCCGUACAAGUGCAGCUAUUGUCCGGCCGCCUUUGCAGAUCUCUCCACGCGCAACAAGCAUCACAGAAUCCACACCAAUGAGCGUCCGUACGAGUGCGAUGUGUGCCACAAGACAUUCACCUAUACAAACACGCUCAAGUUCCACAAGAUGAUACAUACAGGCGAGAAGCCACACGUCUGCGAGAUUUGCGGCAAAGGCUUCCCGCAGGCAUAUAAACUGCGUAACCAUCGUGUGGUGCAUCAAAAACGUGGCUCCAACAGAGAUACUGUCGCUAACCUGAUGCCCUAUGAUACGGCCAACAUUGUUGGCAUCGAGAUGUAGAUGUUGAUGGUGGGGGACAUCUAAUCAAAAGCUUGCAAGAUUAAACAUAUAAAGUUGUAAUUACAAAUCUAAAUAUAUUAAGAAUCUUAAGUUUAUCCUAAUUAUGCGGAAAUAAAUUAA